AUGGAAGGUAAUAUUUCUCCAAAUUUACAGAAGUGGAUAAAAAAGUGUUUGAAAAAAGAAUUUGAAAGUAAUGUACAAAAGUCAUUGGUGGAAGAUCUGAACUAUGCUGAUAUAGCUCAAAGAAUUAUACAUUCAAAAGAAAUGUCUACUUUAGUGAAUUCUAUGAAAGUUACAAUUGUUGAACAAUCUGCUUCAAGAUCUGUAUCAACUGCAAUUUCUGAUUCACGACCUCAGUCAUCAUUUUCUUACAUUAGUGAUCAAACAAGUGAAGAUUGGAAUUCUCCAUUAAAUAAUGAUGAAUGUUAUAAUCUUAUUGUUGACAAAAUUAAUCAAGAUAAACCUGCUCAUGUUAGAUUAGCUGGUUACGAAAUGUUAUUAAAAAGUGAACUAUCCAAUUUAAAUAAUAACCCCAUAUGGGAUUCACUUCAAAAAGCUUUACUAGAUGGUCUUAUAGAUGAAACUAGACCUAUUUUUGAAGCUAGUUUACAAGUGCAUGCAAAAUUGCUCACUUGUUUACAAUCACAUGAUGUACAUAUAAACUUAUUGAAUGCUUUUGAUGCUCAAUACCAUUCACAAAAAACAUUUGAAGUAUUACCUACAUUAAUUGCUGGAAUUAAUUUUAAGUUUUUUUUACAUGAAAAAGUAUUUCGUAUUAUACAUUUAAUAAUGUGUUAUCAUGAAGAAAAACUAAAAAGUGCAAGAAAUCCUGAUAAAACCAUAGAAGAAUUAAUAGAACAAUUUAUGACAUUUUUGAGUACUCAUGAAUUUGGAAGUAUAAUGCAACCUAAAACAUUGAAUGUAUUGAACAUUAUUUCUGUAUUAGAACCACGUGCUGAUUGGAGUAGAAAAUGGAUUGUUAGUCUUGCUACUAGAAAAAUGUUUUUGACUGCCUUGGAAAAGUCACCAAGUUUAUUACAACAAAUAAUGCACUAUGUACAGAAAGGAUUGGAAGAACUUCCUUGUAUCAUAGCAGUGUCUAUUUAUGAUGAUCCAAUGGAAGUUAUCAUUAAUGGGAAUACAAUACAAACAGUAACUUAUCUUCAUUGUUUAUGUUUUAUAUCACAACUCUGUGCUUAUGAAGCAGGCCGCAAACUUUUAACAGAAAUUGCAUUUGAAAUUCCAUUUUCAAUUUCUAAGUUCUUAACUGCUUCAUUGAGAGCUCUAAAUAAAUUAUCUGUGGAAACGUUAAAUGGUGUAUAUGAUGUUUCUUGUUAUGCUCUACAGCUCAUUUUAGAUAAACCCAGAAUUUUAUAUGAUUAUGAGUUUUAUCAUAUUGCAUUAUGUCAUUUACCUUCUCUAUCUGAAAAAAACAUUAAAAUAUGGUCACACACAUUAAAUAUUAUUUUGCACAUGUUAGACACUAUAGAUGGUUCUCAAUUUCUUAUAUCAGAAUGUAAAGAACAUACAGUAAAUUUCGAAAAUAGUGUGCCAAAGUGUCCAGCUAUGUUUAUUAUAGUAAUAGCAUCAAAUAUGUUAAGGCAACCUUUCUCCAUAAUGAAUGUAGAGUAUCUUCUUAAAUUAUUUGAAGUAAUACAAAAGUUAUUUGAUGUAUUUGAUGUGUAUGAAAUUAUACAGUAUAAAGUAGAAAAGGAAUUUUACCCUGCUGUAUCAUAUUUCUACAGGAAAUUAGAUAAAUCUUAUUUUGAAAAUGAAAACAAAGCACAACAGAUAAAUAGUGCAGUUAACACUUUAUUACUUAAAAUGGUUUCAAUACCAUUUGGAUUGAAAGCUCUUGUUCAGGAAUCGUCAGUGUUUCAAGAACUAAUUGAAGGGUCUAUUGUACCUUUAAGAAUGUCGUGGACAUCAAUAGAAGUAGUCAAUUUUGUAUCAUAUGCUGCGUUUUUUCAAUUGGGGUAUAAUGUAAUUGCUAAUCUUGCACCCCAUGUUUUGUCUAAUUUAUUUUCAGAAACAUGUAAAAUAUUAGAAGAUCCACAUUAUUUUCAUGAUCCAUGGGAUCACGAAAAUAUUCAGAAGUUUUUACACAUAUUAACAUUUUUUUCUCUUAGUUUUACUGCAUUUAUGACAAACUCAAAAGAAUCAUACAAUAAUGAAGAAUACAAUUAUCCACUUAAUUUACCAGAACUGUUUAAUAAUUCAAUAAAUCCUGAAUCAAAUUAUCAUUAUUUAGGACUUUUAUCAUUAGAUGCUGUAAUUUGGAAUUUAAAUAUUUGUUUAUAUAACACAGUUUUGAUUCAACUAGUAGAUCAAAUGCAAAAAGCAAUUCCUACUGCAGAAUGGGGAGAAAACUUUCAAUGGAAGGAAAACGUAUUAUCAAGCACAGAUUUUUGGUUUGCAGAAGAAAUACAUGGAAUUAAUUUAGCUUUGUUGAAAGAAAAAUUGCAAGAAUUUAUAAAUGCAUGUUAUGCAUUUAUACAGUAUGAAAGGCUACAAAAAUUUGAUGGAUUUGAUUGGUUCUUAUCAACAGUAUUUAUUAUUUGUGAAGGAGAUGUAGAAAGAUCUAAAACAUUUAUCACACAAUUAAUUCAUUUCCCAGUAACUGCAUUUUUGUGGUCCAAUUUGGGGAAAGUUGUGGACAAGCAUAGUAAGGAAGAAUGUGGUACACAAUUUACAUUUAUGCAAUUUCUAGAAAGCAUUGUUAGUAACGAGUUUCCACAUGUUAAAUUUGCGCUUAAGAAUUCAUUUGGAAUGGAUUGGUCAUUGAUGUGUAAUUUAAUGAUAUCUCAAUGUUUUUGGGGUUUACUUCCAUGGUCUCAAAUUAUGCAUUUUUUUACUAUUUGUGUCCUGUUUUCAUCUGAUUACAUAAUUUACUAUUGCGCAUCACUUCUGUGUCAUUGUCAAAAUAAAAUAAUGGAAAAUAUAACACGUGGAAAGAUGUGGCCUGAACAUAUGGUUCUGGACGAUUAUCAAUGUCAUAAUUACAUUAGAUUUAUGAAUACAUUAGAUAAAAGAUAUGGAAACAAAAUUUUACCAAAAUUCUCGAUUAAAGGGUUUAAUUAA